AACCACGAUACAUCAAACACGAAUGACAUUUAUGACAAUGACAAGUGACAACAAGUGACAGAUUAAAUUACUAAAUGCUACAUGUUCACAAACGUAAGUAACAAAAAUCACCACAGUUUUAAUUGAAAGGACGUAGACGGGACAGAGUGAGGUUAGAUUUUGUUUCCCUAGUUUUGUUGUUACGAAUUUGUAUCAGCGGCUGUUUUAACGAUUUGUACCACAAAUAUUUAUGUGUGUAUAUAGCAGUAAAAUAGAAUUUUAAGUACAUCUACGAAAGGAAACUAUGCCGUACGCUAAUCAGCCCUCUGUUCACAUCACAGAUUUAACCGACGAUAACGUAAAAUUCUAUGUAGAAGACACAGAUUUAAGUGUUGCAAAUAGCAUACGUCGCGUAUUAAUUGCGGAGACACCAACUUUGGCCAUCGAUUGGGUAAAACUAGAAGCCAAUUCAACUGUACUAAGUGAUGAAUUUUUAGCACAUAGAAUAGGUCUCAUACCCCUUAUAUCUGACGAUGUUGUUCAGCGCCUUCAGUAUCCCAGAGAUUGCAUUUGCUCUGAUUUUUGUCAUGAGUGUAGUGUUGAAUUCACGUUGGAUGUGAAAUGCACAGAUGAUCACACACGACACGUUACAACUGCAGAUUUAAAAUCUAGCGAUCCACGUGUGAUACCCGCUACUUCAAAACAUAGAGACGAUGAAUCUUCUGAAUAUGGAGACACUGAUGAAAUUUUGAUUAUUAAGCUACGUAAAGGCCAAGAAUUAAAAGUUAAAGCAUAUGCUAAGAAAGGGUUUGGAAAGGAACAUGCCAAGUGGAAUCCAACUGCAGGUGUGGCGUUUGAAUAUGAUCCUGAUAAUUCGAUGAGACAUACACUUUUUCCUAAACCAGAUGAAUGGCCAAAGAGUGAAUACAGUGAAUUAGAUGAUGAUCAAUACGAAGCCGAGUUUAAUUGGGAAUUAAAACCAAAUAAAUUCUACUUUAACGUGGAAGCAGCAGGAUCUCUGAAGCCUGAAAAUAUUGUCAUUAUGGGGGUAGCGAUGCUGAAAGACAAGUUGUCGAAUUUACAAACUCAGUUGAAUCAUGAAGUGCAAAGUGAUGCUCUUGCAAUUUAAUUUAUAAGUAGAAAUUAUCUUGUACUUUAUUUUCAUUAAAAAGAACUUAUAAAAUA